AUGGCGAAGAAAAAGAACAAGAAUGUUAUUCGCCCCUGGUGCUGGUACUGCGAGCGGGAGUUUGAGGAUGAGAAGGGCAUGUUCCUCAUGCAGCACCAGAAGGCGAAGCACUUCAAGUGCGGCAUGUGUCCAAGGAGGCUGAACACAGCUGGAGGUCUAGCGGUCCACAUCCAGCAGGUCCACAAACUCGAACCCGAAAAUCUACCGCGGAUAGAGAAUGCCAUUCCUGGUCGAGAUGGGUAUGAAAUCGAGAUAUUCGGGAUGGAGGGUAUUCCUGCUCCUGAUGUGGCAGAUUAUAAACGACGGAAGGAGAUUGAGUUGGGGCUUGCGGCGGGUAGUAUCAGUGCCCCACAAGCCAAAAGGCCCAAGAUUGACAACAAACCACUGUCUGAGCAUGAUUUGCGGGCCAUGCUUGACCAACACAAAAAGCUUAUGGGAGGUUCAACCGAUGCAUCAUCGUCUGGACCCGCGACGGCCGUAUAUGGAGCCGCUGCUCAAACCUAUGUUCAGCCCGUUCCUCCACCAGGAUUCCCGCCUCCAGGAUUCCCAUUAGGCCCUGGUGCUCCUCCUAUGCCGCCUUUCCCAGGUCCGCCCGGAAUGCCCAUGCCGCCCUUUGCUCCCGGUGGACUUCCGCCUGGCGUAAUGCCACCAGGAAUGCCUCCUCCGGGAGUUAUGGGAGUACCCCCGCCAGGAAUGCCACCACCAGGGAUGAUGCCCCCACCCGGUAUGAUGCCCCCACCAGGCGCUUUACCACCAGGUGUUUUACCGCCAGGAGGAAUGCCACCAAUGCCGCCAGGAAUGCUUCCACCUGGUACCUUCCCGCCUCCUGGAAUGCCAAUGAUGCCUCCUCCGCCUGGCCCGAUGCCUCCCCGACCUGCUCCUAGUUUUGUCGCUGCAACUACAUCUCAGGGCGGCGCAACUGGUCCUGAAAUAUCAUCAACGCCUGCCCCAGCGGCAAUUUUACGUCCAACGCUUCCUCACCCAUCGAAAUUCCAGACAAAUCCUGAAGCCAAGAAAGGAAUGGUCCUCAUUGGUAACGAAGACGAGCAUGGCGUAGGUGGCGACCCCAACUUCUGUAUUGAAGAAAAGCGUGCGUUCCACCCAAAGUACUUUGUGCCCCGUCCGCUCCCUCCGCCAGAAAAUGCCGAGUCGAGGGGCAAGAAGCGUGCUCGCGCCGAAGACUUUUUGUAG